CAGCAGGUGCCAACGUCAAUGCCAAUGAAUGGCUUUCGCCCCACCUCUUCGCUGGCUCUCCAUCCUCUGCAUAAGCACAGAUUGAGUUCGUGAACAGGAUGCAAAGCAAAAUGCCAGCAUGUUCGGCGAAGAACUCUGGAACUCGAGACAUGAAGAAUUGAUGAAAUUGGUGGAACGAAAUGCACAGAAAGUGAUACAAAGUUGAAAGUGGUGCACACUGAUCGAUUCGAGAAAUAAACAAUCGCAGCUUGUUCGCCGCAGCGAUUUGGAAGCAACGAGGGAUGGGGAGUCUUCCACCUCAAACCGUGGCCACGCAAGCAACAGGUGUGGAGACCACAGAGGAAGCCGUCCUGACGCUGAGAACUGUGGAGCGGACCAUUCGUGAGGAGCACUUUCCUCAUCACCCGCCUCCUCCUUACGCCAGGCUGAACCACGGCUCCUAUGGCGCCUCCCCGACGAGCGUCAUCAACUCCCAGAACGAGUUCCGUGCCCGGUGGUUCCACCAACCGGACGAGUACCUUCACCGAGGAGAGGGCCUCGCUCCUUCUGACGAUCCUUCCCCCCUACCCGGCAACAUGGAGGCCGAUCUGCGGCGAUCCGUCCAAACUGUCGCCUCCCUAGUUAAUGCCGACCCGUCUGAAAUUUGCCUGGUGGACAAUGCGACAACCGGGGCAGUCAUCGUGGCCCAGGACGUGUUGUUCGGCUUUGUGACCGGUAGGUUCCGCCGGGGUGACGUCGUGCUGAUGGCAGACACCGGGUACAACGCCGUGAAGAAGCUUCUCGAGCGGUACGUCGUGGGCGCGGGGGGCGAGCUCGUGUUCGUCGACAUGCCGUUCCCGGUGCACUCCCUCGAGCAGAUCUUGGACGCGUAUAGGAAGACGGUCGAAGCCGUCCGAAAGCGGGAUCCCCCUGUCCGAAUCUGCUUCGCGGCCGUCGACCACAUCUCCUCGCUCCCGAUGGUCGUACUGCCGUUGAAAGAACUCGUGGAAGUGCUCCACGGGUACGAGAUCCCGGUCUUCGUCGACGGCGCGCACGGGAUCGGGAACGUUCGUCUGGACAUGGCCGAAAUCGGCGCCGACUUUUACGUCAGCAACCUGCACAAGUGGCUGCUGUGCCCCCCGCCCGUGGCGUUCUUCCACGCCAAGAAGGAGCACUCGCCCCGGUUGCACCACCCGGUCACCUCUCACAACCUGAACCGGGGGCUGUUUCUAGAAUCCGCCUGGGUGGGUACCCGGGACUACAGCGCGCAGCUGUGCGUCCCAUCCGCAGUCGAGUUUAUUCACACCGUACUCGGGGGGGUGGAUAUGAUGAUCGACAGCAACACGAAAGCAGCGCUUGAGAUGGGACGGAUGCUCGCGGGCGCGUGGGGCACGGGGCUCGGCGCCCCCCCGGAAAUGCAGUGUUCGAUGGUGAUGGUCGGACUGCCGGACGCGUUCGGCGUGAAUUCGUUCGAAGACUCGCUCCGGCUGCGGACGCGGCUCCGGGACGAGUGGCAGGUGGAGGUGCCGCUGUAUUAUCUGCCCGAGGAGAAGCGCAAGCGCGCUCGGGAGGUCGCGGCGGGGCUGACGGAGAGCACGGAGGUGUGGGUCGGGCGGAGCUACGCGCGGGUCUCGCACCAUGUGUAUAACGAUCGGCAAAACUAUGAGAGGUUGCGAGACGCGGUGCUUGCGCUUGCAAAAGAAGCCUCCGAGCAUUGACGUUGUUAGUGACGUGGCUGUUUCAGGAGGAAGCGGAGCACCAAUACAUGAGCAAUAUCGAGAGGGAUAAGGUAUGUGUAACAUAUGACAACCGAGAGUUUAGUUGAAGCCUUUAUAAACCUCUUAGUGCUUUGUGACAUAGAAUACCUGUACAUACGUGGCGAACAAGAACUGUUUCGACUCAACCUUUGAAGCGGACGGGCCAGACCUUGAUUAAGGAAUUCUCUACUCUCGGACGACACCAGUGGCGGCCCGGAAGUUCCUCAUUUAAAGCUUACGGGAUCGCACGAGCCUGCGAGCCGAAGUACAACGAUGAGUUUCCAACUUAGGUCUGCAUAUAGAAAAUAAUUCGCCACGUGCUUG